AUGGCUGACUCGGCGCCAGACUUCUUGCGGUUUACGGGACACCGCUCCUUCACAAGAAGAUUAGUUCUCUCGACACUGACAGGCCGUCCCGUCCACAUAUCAAAAAUCCGAAGCUCGUCCCCCACGAAUCCGGGUCUGGCGCACCACGAAAUCUCCUUCCUGCGAUUGCUCGAAGCCAUCACCAAUGGCAGCUCCAUGCAAAUCUCAUACACGGGUACCACCAUCACCUACCACCCCGGACUCAUAACCGGCACGAUCGCCGGACAGGGCGCCUCGGAAGGCGACAUUAUCGAACACAGCCUGCCGCCGACCGUCACCCGCGGCAUCACCUACUUCCUCCUCCCGCUCUGCCUCCUCGCACCCUUCUCCAAGGCGCACAUGAACGUGCGCUUCUCGGGUGCCGGCGUCAUCACCUCCGCCACCGAGACGGGCGACGUGUCCGUGGACACCUUCCGAACCGCCAUCCUGCCCCUCUUCGGUCUCUUCGGCAUCCCGCCCGCGCGCAUCGAGCUGCGGGUGCUGCAGAGGUCCUGCGCCGGCCCUGGCGGCAAGGGCGGCGGUGGCGUCGUCGAGCUGCGCUUCGCGAGCCAGGUCCGCCUCCCGAAGACGCUGCACCUGAACCGGAACCCCGGCCGGGUCAAGAGGAUCCGCGGCGUCGCCUACAGCACUGGUGUGUCGGCCUCGAACAACGGUCGCAUGAUCCACUCGGCGCGAGAGGUGCUGAACCCCCUGGUCAGCGAUAUACACAUCGCGGCGCAGUACGACCAGGCGCCGCUGGUGCCGACCGGCGACAAGUCCGGCAGCAAGCGUCGGCUGGGCAUCGGCUAUGGUCUGAGCCUGGUGGCCGAGUCCAACUCGGUGGGCGUGAUUUACUCCGCCGAUGUCGUGGUGCCGCCUUCUGGUGGUCAGGUACCCGAGGAGAUUGGCAAGCAGUGCGCAUACCAAUUGCUCGAGACCAUCUCUCAAGGUGGCUGCGUAGCGCAGAGCACAGCAAGCAGUAUGAUGAUACUCAUGGCCAUGGGCUCUGAGGAUGUCGGCCGUAUACGAAUUGGUAGAAGGGUGCUUGGAACAGAAGAUAUGGUCACAUUGGCAAGAGAUCUGAAGACGUUUGGCGCCAGCAGCUGGGGUCUUCGUGAUGUGACAGAGGAUGAGUCGGACGACAUCAUUGUAUCCGUAAAGGGCAGUGGGGUAGGCAACGUUGGCCGGAAGAUAGCAUAA